AUGUCAAUAAUUCACAUGUUUUCAUAUAGUCAUAAGCUAUUCGUAAAAAUGGUCGCGAAAAAAGGCCGAGGCGGAGCGCAGAAGAAGAAUCCAAAAGCCGUUGAGGAGGUGAGUCAACCAGAGCCCCAAGGUGAGGAGGUGCAACAGGAGGCUGAGGAUAAUAAUGGGCAGACACAGCCUGAAGGUCAGGAAGAGAGCGCGGGAGUUGAAGAUAAUGUACAAGAGACAGAUAAUACAGAAACAGCUGAUGGAGACCAGAGCACUGCAAAUGAUGAAGCUAAACCUGAAGAACAAAAAGAAGAGAAAAUUGAGUCUGGUAAACUGCUGAUUGAGAACCUACCUGCAAGUUUUCUCUUUGAAUAUCAAGAUCGCCUCAAAGAAGUCUUCUCGAAGUAUGGAGAAAUCAACAUGGUGAAACGUGGUCCGAUCAUUGUAACUGAGUUGACCACAACUCCGACAUUAUCGGCUAUUGUCGAAUUCAAAAACAAAGAGUCUCUGGAAAAGGCUCUCACCGAAGACGGCACAGUACUGGAUGGCAGCGCCAUAUCAGUGCUGGUCGAGUCAUCAGCAGAUACAGCAGUACUAGUCGGUGUGCCCUAUGAAGCCACCACAGACUAUGUGAAGUUACUUUUCGGCCAGUGUGGGGAUGUGGCGCAUAUACACGAGUUUACAAAGACCAAAUUUAAGAUAUUGCGUGUCACAUUCCACAACAAGGACGCGGUAGGGAAAGCGCUGAAGCUGGACCGGGAGCUGAGGCUUAACGGUUUCCUCGUCACUGUCUCCAAGUACAGAGAUGAAGAUGAGCAGAAGGCGCUCUCGAACAGUAACAAGGGCAAUAAGCGACAACACGGUGGCGCGGCCAACCGCAACAGCAACUCCACAAACAACCCACCAACGCCCCCAAACACGCGGAACAACUCGUUCCGAGCGAGGGGCGGCCCCGGAUUCAACGCGAGGGGCAAUUUCAGAGGAGGUGCCCGUGGACGCGGUUUCGCUGGUCGAGGAGGAGCCUUCCCCCGAGGCGGCUUUGCACCCGUCAAUACGUAUCUACCACCUCAAGGAUAUAUGGCGCGCCCGCAAGGCGCCUUUAUGGACGGUCAGCGUCCGACCAAGCGACUCCGGCCGAUGUAA